AGUGUAGCCUUGUCAUUAGUUGUCUCGCUAGAUGUUGACUUGGUAACUCGUCUGUAAUUUUACAGCGAGAGUAGUUCUUGAAGUUACCGUAUUACACGAUAUUUUUUCUGGAUAUCUUUUAUUAAUUUAUAUAACCUGAAGUUUAGAGCUGGUAAUUAUAAAAAUGACGGAAAGGAACAGUCGAAAAAUACAAUAUUUCGCCGGAUUAUGUGCGUCGCUAAGUUUCAUGUUCACGGGCGCCACGCUGUCUUGGCCGUCCCCAGCAAUUCCUAAGUUCAAAAGUGGGGCAGCCGGCUUCGAAAUAUCGAAUGAACAAACAUCAUGGGUGGUUUCCCUGCUGUCAGCGGGAGCCAUGCCGGGCUGCUACCUUGGCCAGGUGCUAAGCGAGCGAGUCGGUCGCCGCAGAACGUUUCUGCUCUCCUCUCUACCGGGCCUCUUAGGUGCGUGUAUAAUUUUAUUCACCAAAACACCAAUAUUGAUGUGUGUGGCGCGAUUCAUGAUCGGUUUGACCACAGGAUCUGUGGCAGUGGUUGCAAUGAUAUACAUCACAGAAAUCGCCGAUAAGGAAGUGCGCGGAGCAUUAGGGAUGUUGGUCCAAGUGAUGAACAACCUGGGUAGUCUGUUGAUAUAUGGAAUCGGACCCUUCGUGUCUUAUACAAUGUUGAAUACCAUAAUCGUCACGAUUCCCGUCGUGUAUGCUGUCUGCUGCCUGUGGCUACCAGAGUCGCCGUACUACCAUUUGAAGGACGGCAGAGUGGAAGAAGCUAGAAAAGAAUUUAAAUUGUUAAAGGGAAGCGAUGAUGAGAAGUGGAUUGACGACCAGCUCAGCGUUAUACGUGCACAUGUAAAAGAAAGUAUGGAAAAUAAAUCAACAGCAAAGGAACUAUUCACCAACGUUAAGUAUAGGAAGGCAAUAUACAUAGUAGCAGGUUUGAAGACGGUACAGUACAUGACUGGUAUUCUAUUGAUCCAGUCGUACUUGGAGGUGAUAUUCAGACAGAGCAGCUCCGUGUCAGGUCCCCGAGCGAGUAUUGUCUAUGGAGUCGUCCAGCUUUUUGCAGGUAUCGGCGCAACGUUUCUAACUCGCUGGUGUCGCCGCCGGUUUCUACUGCUGACGUCGUGUCUGGGAGUGUCCAUUGCGAUGACAACCGUCGGCGUUUAUUUCUACCUACAGGAGAAGCUGCAAGUCAGCCAGGAAACACUCAACUCUAUCUCGAUAUUGCCCCUAGCAGGCCUCAUAGGCUUCAACAUUCUAUACGCGAUAGGAGCGGGCAACUUGCCUUAUAUUUUCCAGGCUGAGCUAUUCCCGGUAAAUGUCAAGGCCGUGGCCUCGAGCGCUGCCACACAGUUUGCUUGCAUUCUCAGUUUCCUCGUACAGAAAUUUUAUCAAAGCUGCAAAGAGAUUUUCGGCAAUUACACUGUGUUUUGGUCGUUCGCCUGCAUAGGCUACUUAGGAGUGGUCUUCAUAUACUUCUGUGUGCCCGAGACGGGGAACAAAACAUUGGAAGAAGUGCAAGAUAAUGUUGUGGACGCUUCAGAGGGUGUGCCUUUGCAAAGUUUUAGAAAUGGUCAUGAGACUGCUGAAAAACUUAAAGGUUAGUUAGCUGUCGAAACUUAUUAAGUAUACAAAUAAAGUCAAACUGUUCAAAGAAGAAUGAUCGAUUUAUGAAUGUUUUACUGCCAAAUAUUUUUUACCAGUCCUCUCGAAUAUGAAACGGUACGUCCCAAGUACUCUCUGUAUGAAGAAGAGAAUAAUAUCUUUUAAAUGUGAUAUUAGAGGCUGUGAGUUAGUAUUUUUUACCAAAAAUAUACAUAUGUUAUAGUUCGGAUAUGUUAUUUACAUAAUCGUUUGUUAUACUGUUAUGUAAUAAAAUUAUAUCAUAAACCAA